AUGUUAAAGUUUUGAGGCGCUCAACAGUAACGAAAACGUAGUGAAGAAAAAAAACAAAUUUACAAUUUUAAGUAAUAUACCAUCUGCAAUUAUUGCGCAGACAAUCCGCAGGCAAUGUCGAGUUUACAACGUACAAUACUUAAGUCGAAACUGCCACCCACCAUUCCGGGUGGCCGGAUUGGCAGAGCAGAUUCCUUUAAAAAGUCACGUAUAAGGGACUACAAGCCAUGCAUGUGGAACGAGUUCUUUGCCGAGAAGGCAGAUGUCGCCGUGGAUGAGCACCGAACAUUUCGCGUCUAUAAAACUAAACAGCCUGAGAAACCGGGCCCCGUAUUGUUAUUACUGCACGGUGGGGGCUAUUCGGCGCUUACCUGGGCGCAUUUCUGUUCGGAAGUGACAAGCAUGAUACACUGUCAGUGCCUGUGCAUCGACCUUCGGGGACAUGGCGACAGCAGAGUGGAUGACGAGGACGACUUGUCGGCAGACACUCUUUCAAAGGACAUUGGCGAUUUGGUCGUGAAACUGUAUCCCGAGGAGGUGCCACAAAUCUAUGUGGUUGGCCACUCGAUGGGCGGUGCUAUUGCUGUACAUUUUGCAUAUAUGGCGUUGGUGCCGAGUCUGAUUGGCAUCACAGUCAUCGAUGUCGUCGAGGGCACGGCAAUGGAAGCUUUGGCUAGUAUGCAAAGCUUUCUGCGCUCGCGUCCCAAAUACUUUCAGAGCAUACCAAAUGCCAUCGAAUGGUGCAUACGCAGCGGACAGGUGCGAAAUGUGGACAGUGCCAAAGUCUCGAUGCCUGGACAAAUAAUCAACUGUACAACGAAUAAAUUGGCAACGAAUGAUCUUCCCCUGACGGAUGAAGUGCUGGAGGAGGCGCAUCAUACAAGCAUGUUUCCCAAUGCAUUUAGCAUUUCCGAAGAUGAAGAGGUGGGCAAUGCCGGUGAAGAUGCAACCGAAAGUGUCGACUUCAAGAAACCCACAACGACCAAGGCUGCAACUGAUGCGGCUAAGAACUAUACCUGGCGCAUCGAUCUGGCCAAAUCGGAAAAGUAUUGGGUCGGCUGGUUUUCGGGCCUUAGCGACAAGUUCCUUAAUUUGAGAUUACCCAAACAGUUACUUCUGGCUAGCAUCGAUGGACUAGAUCGCACCCUAACCGUUGGCCAGAUGCAGGGACGCUUCCAGAUGCAGGUGUUGGCACGCUGCGGUCACGCCGUACACGAGGACCGUCCACACGAGGUAGCCGAGGUAAUCAGCGGCUAUUUGAUACGCAAUCGUUUCGCGGAGGCCGCAGGCGAGUUUCGCUGCCACAUGCCAUCCUGUUAAGCGACGUCCUUGUACAAUUGUAGCACAAAAUGUCUAUUUUUAAAUGGAGCAUUACAGAUUGCGUAUACAUAUAUGUACACACAGAAACAUAGAGAAUAGAUACAGAAGAUAUACUCGAGACGUAAUAUCUAUAUAUAAAUAUAUACUCCAAUAAUUUAUUCGAUUACUUAAACAAA